AUGGUCGGAUGCUACCUCUCGGAGCUCUCGCGGCACGAGAGCUGGUGUGACGAGCGCUGGACGUGCGCAGGUCCGCCGGCGGUGCGCGCGCUGGGCGCCGUGCGCGCGGUUGCGGGGGACAACGUCACGCUCUACUGUCCCUACUCCGGAUAUCCGAUCAGCUCGGUGUGGUGGCGGCGGGCGGGGGGCGCGGCGGGCGCGGCGCUGCACCUGCGGCCGGCACGCGCGCGCGACUCUGGUCGCUACACAUGCGGCGUGGCCGCGCCGGAGGGCGCCACUGCAGUCGGCGACAUUGACUUGCAAGUCCGCAAUCCUCCGAAAAUAUCACCGUUCAUGUUUUCGUCGGAGCUGACAGAGGGCAGCGCAGCGCAGGCGCUUUGCGGCGUGUCGGCCGGCGACAAGCCGCUCCACUUCUCUUGGCUUAAAGACGGCCGCCCGCUGCCCGCCGACCUGCAGAUCGAGGAGAAGAGCCUGAACGACUUCUCGCUGCUAGUGUUCCCCGCGCUGACGGCGCGCCACAGCGGCUCCUACACGUGCCGCGUUGCCAAUCACGCGGCCCUCGCCAACUACACCGCCACGCUCAGCGUCAAAGUGGCGCCGGCGUGGGUGACGGAGCCGGCGGACGCGGCCGUGCUGCUGGGUGCACCGCUGCGGCUGGACUGCGCCGCGCGCGGACACCCCACGCCUUCCCUCACCUGGGAAAGGAGACUAGGCGGCGGUGCGGAGGAGGCAGAACGUUGGGAAACCAUCGGCGCAUCGUGGGAGGCGAGCGAGGGCAGUUCCACGGCGUUCCUGUCGGCUUCUGAAGGGGGAGCGGCGGGACCUGUGGGCGCGGUGGGCACGGACUUGGGUAGCGCACACCUAGCAGCGCCGAACGCAACCCGUGACUUGCAGGGCGCCUACCGCUGCACGGCUGACAACGGCGUGGGCGCGCCGUUGAUCAAGGAAGUCAAUAUCGCCGUGCACGAGCCCGCACACUUCGGCGCAGACGCGUCGCCGCGAAACGUGAGCGGCGUGCGCGGCUCGCCCGUGACGCUGGAGUGCGAGGCGCGCGGUGACGCGCCGCUCGCCGUGCAGUGGACGCACCGCGGCGUCAGCCUCCACCUCGACUCCUUCAGGUGUGACUCGCCGACACACCGACACGACUCGGAGACGUCGACACGGUGGACGGUGUCGGAGGCGCGCGCGGCGGGCGGCGUGCGGUCGACGCUGCAGCUGGGUGCCGCGGGGCGCGAGGACGCCGGCGAGUACCGCUGCCGCGCACACAACAACUUCGGCAGCAGCGAGCGGACCAUGUUCCUUCACGUUGAAGAACCUCCUGAAGCACCGAGUUCCAUACAAUUAGCCGGAACGAGUUCGAGGUGGAUCCGUGUGCGGUGGCGGGCUCGGGUUUUGGGGGGUACGGGGCCUGCGGGGGAGGUACGCUACUGGGCGGAGUGCACGCCGUUGCGAGGGGACGUCGCACCUUCGCUCAACUUGACCCUAGACGCGGAAGAGGAAGGCGGACCUGACUCUCAAGGAUACCGCUCGCUGAGCGCCCUAGUGGCGGGCGUACGCCCCGCGGCCGCCUACGCAGUGCGUGUGUUGGCCGCCAACCGCGUGGGCCGCUCGCCGCGCUCCGAGCCCUUGCUCGUCACCACGCUGGAUGAAGCGCCGAGCGGGCCGCCACAGAACUUGCGCGUACGCCCGGUUGGCACGCGGGAGCUGCACGUCUCCUGGUCGGCCCCAGCGCAGCACACAUGGAACGGCGAGCUGGUCGGGUACGCGGUGUGGUGGCGCGUGGCGGCAAGCCCGAGGGUCGUGGACGGCGUAGAGGGCGCUGCGGUCGCAGGGGUUGAGCAGAGGGCGGGACUGAGUGCGGGGCGGAGCGUGGUACGCGGCUGGGGCGGCGCUGAGAUGCGCGUGCGCGGCCUGCACGAGUUUACGCGCUACGAGGUCACGGUGCGCGCGUUUAACGCUGCCGGUGUGGGCCCGCCCUCGCAAUUCGUGUACGCUACUACUGCGGAUGGAGUGCCCGAGACGGCACCGGGCGACUUAUGGUGCACUGCGGAAAGUGCGCGGGCUCUGCGCGUGCGCUGGACGCCACCAUCUGCGCCUUCGGCGGCGCCCAGCGGCUACGACGUGCUCUACGCGCCGGUUCACAACACACCCUCGUGGAGCGGAGCGGGCGCGGAACUCACACUGGGCGGCGUGAGUGGCGGUGCGCGUGAGGCGCUGCUGGCAGGCCUGCGCGCGCGCACCAAUUACAGCGUGCGCGUGCGAGCGCGCGCGGCCCCCGGUCCCGGCCCGCCCUCCACGCCGCGCCUUUGUGCCACGCUGGAAGACGUGCCGGGCGCGGUGGCGACGCUGCGCGCCGUGGCGGUGUCUGCGAGCGCGGUGCGGGUGUCGUGGGUGGCGCCGCCCGCCGCCGCGCGUCUCACGCACUAUACGCUGCAUGUGCGCGAACUUGGCAGGGUUGGCGGAGAAUGGUCGCAACACGUGGAAAUAUCGAGGAAGGCAAGCAGUUCGGACGCGGUGGUGAAGUGGGGGGAAGAAGAGGAGCAGGAGGAGUGUAGCGUGGAGGUGACGGGGCUUCGCGCGCGCGCUGCCUUCGAGUUCAGGGUGCGUGCGCACGCGGCGGCGGGCGCAGGGCCGGUCAGUCGCGCCGCCGCCGCCAGCACGCCCGCACCUGACGCGCCAAUGAGCGCGCGCAUUUGGUCCCUGUCGCGCGAGGUGUUAGCGUGCGCGGGCGGGACCGUAAGGCUGCGAUGCGCGGCGGUGGGCGCGGCCCCGCUUGCGCGCCGCUGGACGCCGCUGCCGCCCGCGCACACGCUCGUCGACGACGGCGACCUGCUCUUACACAAGGUGGAUUCUGAGGGCAACUACACGUGCUCCGUGCGCAACGCGGCGGGUGCGGACCGCGCCUUACUGGCCGUGGUGCUGCGCCGGCCGCCCGCCGCGCCCGUGCCGCGCCUGCUGCGCGCCGACACGCACGAACUACACCUUGCCUGGGACGAGCCGCCGCGCACCAGGGACCCUGUGCUCGGUUAUAGCGUAUGGUGGCGUCGGUCGUGGGAUGGUGCGGCGGGCGGGCAGGCGGGCGGGCAGGCGGGCGGGCAGGCGGGCGGGCAGGCGGGCGCGGAGUCGCGCAGCACGCGCACGGCGCAUCGCCAGGUGGCACUGCGCGGGCUGGUGUGCGGCGCGCGCUACGCCGUGUGGCUGCACGCGCACAACGCGCUCGGCGCCUCGCCGCCCUCCCACACACUCACACUACGGACCAAAGGCGACAAAUUGAAAGCUCCUUUGGGAAAAGACUUCAUUUGGGCGAACAGUAGCGCGCUGCGGUUGAACCUGGUGGCGUGGGGCGGCGGCGACGUAGUCUGCGCGGCGACGCGCUGGACGUUGGCCGUGGGCACCGCCGACCUCGCCACCGACGGCCAGACGGCUACGGCAACUAACUUAAAACCGGGAACUUGGUAUGAAAUUCGUGUGAGCGCGUUUUCGCCGGCCGGGGAAACGACCGCUGUUUACAGAGCGGCGACUCUCACAUCAAACGGAGGUAACUUCUUAACAAAUAACUAA